AGCAAUUUCAGUGUCAAAGAAGUGGCGCAAACACUGAACGGCAUUAACACUCAGGGAGAGAAUAUCGCCGAUAACGGCGGUGUCAUUCAGUCUUACCGGGCUUACCAGAAGUAUGUGCUGGAGAACGGAGCGGAACCCCAGCUGCCGGCCAUUGACUUAUCUCCCGAGCAAUUGUUUUGGGUCAGUUCAGCCGUACAGUAUUGCUCAAAAGCGACCAAACAGUAUUUGGCACUUCAGGUGGUGACCGAUAGUCACAGUCCCAGUAGACAAAGAGUGAAUGGUGUCGUCUCUAAUUCGGAUGAGUUUUCCAAAGUAUUCAACUGUCCGUCCGGUGCGCCCAUGAAUCCGGUCAACAAGAUAAUCCAAUCAUUGGACGAGAGUGUGUCUCCUUGUGAUGACUUUUAUCAAUUCACUUGCGGUCAAUGGAUGGCAUCGACGCCAAUACCGGACGACAAAUCGUCGCUCAACUCAUUCAAUGAAUUGCAAGAAGUUAUUAAUUACAGAAUCAAAGAUCUUUUAGAUGAUAGUGAAAUCAAGGAGAGGGCUAAUAAUGAUCUCGAUUUUAUACAAAAGGCUAAGGAUUACUAUCAAAGUUGUAUGAAUACAAGUGAGUUGUUUAUAAGUGGAAAUUAUAUCAUGACAAAAAUAAUACAAAUGGAUAUCAGUAUUACAAUUAAAAAGUACACUUUAAUUGAAGAAAGAGGCUCUGAGCCACUGUUAGAUCUAUUGGAUCAGAUUAUUGGCCAAAAUGAGUGGCCACUGCCACUCGGGUCAGCGGACAACACAUCGGUGGCCAUUGGUUGGCAGGAGUUGUACUUAAAAUUACGAGACUUUGGUCUUAUAAACACAAUGCUAUUCUCGCUGUCCGUCUCAACAGAUGUUAGAAAUAACACGAGAAAAGUGCUUUCGUUAGAUCAGCCAUCGUUUGGACUGAACAGGGAUUUGUUGGUCAACGAAGAAACCGGGUCUUCAUAUGUGGCGUACAGGGAUUUAAUGAUCAAAUCCGGACUCAAACUCAUGAAAUAUAAUACAAAUGUGUCUCAAAUUGAGACCACAAUAGACUCAAUACUCGCGUUUGAGAGACAAUUAGCUAAUAUAUCAAUGGCUAAGGAAUUGAGACGCAAUCUAACAGUUAUAUUAUAUGAAGAUAAGAUGGAUUUUGAUUUUGAUAUAACAGAUGACAUCUCUCUCGAUAGCUCAACCCAUAGAGAAGAACGAGAUUAUCUCAAAUCGAUCGAUUGGUUAAAAAUAAUCGCACACUUUGUCGGCGAUAACAUCACAGACACGGAUGAGAUAAUCCUAAACGACACCAGUUUUAUACACCGAUUGAAUCAAUUGGUUAACGAUACCGACAACGGAUUUAAUAUUGAAUGGAUUAGGCUUUUAGUGAAUUACAUGGUUUGGAGAGUUAUUCUCUCGAAACACAUGUCUUUGAGCGAAGAGUGGACACAAAUGAGGCGCCAGUUUGAGCAGGUAAUCCACGGCACCGCUAGUCCCAGACCUCGUUGGUAUCAAUGCGUUAAAGCGGUGGACAACGCCAUGACAUUACUCGUAUCGCAUCUCUAUGUCAGGCAUUAUUUUAGGCCUCAGAUUAAACAAAAGGCAUCGGAACUGAUAGAAAGUGUGAGAUUAGAGUUUAAACACACGCUAACGGAAAUGGAUUGGUUGGACAAUCAGACAUUGGAGCGGGCGUUGGAUAAACUGGCCAGGAUGCGAAUUGUUGUCGGUUACCCUGAUGAUAUUUUAAAUAGCACUGCUGUUGAUAGCAUUUAUAGUGGCUUAUCCGUAAACGCUUCGGACUUUUUCGGCAAUAUAUUGACAAUAACUCAAUGGAAACAGAAUUUGUCGUUUCAAUCGCUUAAUAAACUCAAUGAUAUUAAUGAUCACGGCCGACACUUUGACGGCGACGGGAAUCUGAACUACUGGUGGGCCGGGAAUACCGAUCAGCGAUACCGGCAAAAGGCCAAGUGUUUUGUGCAGCAAUACGGCGAGUAUCACGUGAACGGUGUGGGACUCACUGUGAACGGCGCUCGCACUCAGGCCGAGAAUAUUGCCGACAACGGAGGCAUCAAAUUGGCGUUUAAAGCCUACAGGGCUUUCGUCAAAGAGCGCGGACCAGAACUCCCACUCCCAGCUCUACCCUAUACAACGGAUCAGCUGCUGUGGAUCAGCUAUGGUGUCCACUAUUGCGCCAAACAUAACACGGAAAGUCUCCGAAAUCUUAUUUUGAAUGACUCUCACACUCCUAAACAAUAUAGGAUUAACGGCGCUCUAUCCAACUCCGAUGAUUUCUCUCGAGUUUUUAACUGUCCAUUCGGUACACCAAUGAAUCCUAUGGCUAAGUGCUCUUACUUACGCCACUAUAAAUGCUAUCAACAGCAGUGCUAUUUAAAAUAUCAUCAGGGUAACCGACAACAAUUCGCAUCCUGGCCAGUUUAUCCAACGCCCGCUCCAGUGUCUGAUUGUCCAACCAAUCCAUUUCCGUUAGCGUGUGUU